AUGGCAAGCUUCACGUGGCAACACUUUGUUAAUCAAGUGUUGGCCACCCAAGGGAACAACAAUAACAACAACAACACAGGUGCAAGAGUGGAAGAAGAUCUGGCCAAGCCAUAUAAACCAAACAAUUUGUCAUGCUUCUCUCAGCAGAUUGUUGACUAUGAUUUCCAAACGAGGAUCAAGAUACCGGCCCACAUCAAAACAUAUGAUGGGACUGAAGAUCUUGAUGACCAUCUUCAGAUCUUUACCGGUGCUGCUAGGAUUGAGAAAUGGUCAAAUGCUGAAUGUUGUCUCAUGUUCAUUCAAACCCUUGUCGGGUCAGCCAGAAUCUGGUCCAAUGAUUUACCUGCCCGAAGCGUUCGAAGCUUCGAUAACCUUAGCAAAGGGUUCCUGGCCAACUUCUCCCAGCAAAGGCGAUACGUUAAAGAUGCUACAGUAAUCUUCCAGAUAAAACAAAGGGAUAAUGAGAGCCUUCGAGAGUUCAUAGAAAGGUACAAGAAGGAAGGUCUAACGUAUAUAGGGGCAGACGAAAAGAUGAGAGUAGCCGGUUUCAUGAAUGCCAUUACCUCCAAGUACCUUACCAGGGAUUUCAACAAGUCCCUGCCAAAAACCUUGGAAGAAGCUCUCAAAAGGGCCGAAGCCCACAUCAGAGGAGAAGAGGCGGUAGACAUAAAAGAAAAAAGAAAAAGGGGAUCUAAUUGGAGUGGUAACUUUAACUCCUACGACAGACGCCAAAGAGAUUCAGACCAACGAAGGUCUGAAAGUCGAAACCCUCCAAGCAGGGAGAGGGCCAUGAACUUCACACCCCUUACCAAGACCCCUCAAGAGAUUCUUGCCACAGAGGAAGUGAAGCAAAGCUUUCGACCUCCCAGACCUCUCCCUAAAAGCAAGAAGAACGAAAAUUCCACCCAAUACUGUGAAUUUUGUGAAAAAAAGGGCCACCAUACUAAUAAUUGCUUCCGACUUAAAAAGAGGAUUGAAGAGGCCGUCAAGUCCGAGGAGCUUGCUCACUUGGUGAAGGGAGUAAGGGACAAGAUGGCCGAAGGAAAGGGCAAGGAAGUUAACAUGGUGGACUUUGAUGGAAAGGUUCCUCACAAGAGGCAACGGUUGGAAGCUUGGGAGCUUCAGUGUGUUUGUUUCCCUCCAACAGAAAAAGACCCACUUUCAAACAAGCAGAGCAUACAUAGACACUGGUGUUGCCACUGA